CCUAUCAGAAAGUUGUUUCUAGCAGAGCUGCCGACGGAUUUCCUCAUCUAUUCCUACUGUGUGAAGGUUUUGAUUGUAUGCGCUAGUUUGUGUCCUAUAUAUCAUUCAUUAAUUCGGAACAUUGGAAAUCGUUUAACCAUGGCGGUUGAAUUUUAGAUAAAGUUUGGUCGGUUAAUUUUCAGAAAUCUAAACUGCGUAUUGAUGGUUCCACUUGAAAUUUGUUAUCUGAAAAGUAGGGUACGGGAACUAGUAAUAUUCUUUUACAUCAAUGUAUGUGCAUUUGAAACUCUGUUGGUUAAGCUGCUGGUUAAGAAGGGGUAGUAUGUUGCUGGAAUUUUUCAUUUGCCUUCAAAAAUACUAAUUCAUUUGGUCGGUUUCGUGAAGGUCUAUCAUCUUUUUAACUUUGGUUUUUUGUGAAAGGUAGAUCCAGAGUUGAGAACAUAUUUUCUUUAAAAGUCUUUAGGUAUCCAAUCAAAGAGUUAGAAUUAUAAUCUAAUCAACAAUUUUUCAAAACGAAGAGAAUCGAAACAAAUCAGGAAAGUUAAUGUAUUAUUUCCGUUUCCAUAUAAUUAAGAUUAGGUUUCGUAGGAAAGCAUGUAACCUUGAAGAGUGCAGGGGCCCAAAGAUGGAGACUACUGGCAAAGAAGAGGCUCAAAUGUUUCUGGACCGCUCUUCUCGUGCCACCAGAGGCAAGCGGAUGACAAAGUUGCUAGAUGAGGAGAUUGAAGAAGAUGAAGCAUUCUGGAAUCAGGAAGCUCUUAAAGAGGAGGAGCAUGACGUUGAAUAUGAAGAAGAAGCAGAAGUUGCAGAUGUGUUUGACAGUGACUUUGAAACAGAUGAAUCCGAACCCGACGAUGAAGGAGAAAAGGAACCAGAUGAGAGGAUUCGACCAAAAAAGCGACUAAUAUAUCCCGGAAAGACUUUAGCAAAGAGUAAGAAGAAAAAGAAGGCCCCGCCUCAGGUAGAAAAUGAUGCUCAAGAUGAAAGAACUCCUGAGCAGUCCACCCCUUCUGAACACCAUGAUGGUGCUGAAGAUGUUGAAGCGGAAAGGACUAUCCGUAAAUCUACAAGGACUGCCGUUGUCGUCAGGCAAGCUGAGAGGGAUGCAAUACGUGCGGCUCUUCAAGCAACAAUAAAACCGAUAAAGAGGAAAAAAGAAGGAGAAGAGAAGCGGAUGACACAAGAAGAGAUGCUUCUGGAAGCCGCUCAAACGGAAAUUGUUAAUCUUAGGAACUUGGAACGUGUCUUGGCUCGGGAAGAAGAAGUUAAGAAACGAGCAGUAGUUCAUAAAGCUGUUUAUACCGGGCCUCAGAUACGGUAUCUUUCAAGAGAGGGUGCCAACUUCCUUGUGUAUAUGAAUGGAGCAUCAUUUGAAUCAGAGAUCUCAACAAAAUCAACUCCUCGUAAGUGUAAUCAAUUUUCAUUGCCACAUAGGAUAACUUCGGUGACUUGCAUGUAUAUCGCUGUUUUAGCAUGAAACUCGAGCACUGUUUGUAUGGCCUGUGUAUCUUAUUAAAAUCUUUCUUUUUCUCGUGCUUACAUGACCAGUCAAUUGGCUUCAGCUUCACAUAAAACUGUAGCGUUGUUUUAGAGAAUCAGUUCAAUUCCUCGUUUCCAAAUUGAUGUAUUUUUCCUAUUACCCUCUUAAUGAUGAUUUCUGCAUUACGCAGAUCCAGAAAAAGCAGUGUGUGGGGUCACCGGAUUACCAGCAAAAUAUCGCGACCCUAAGACUGGCUUGCCUUAUGCGACAAAAGAAGCCUUUAAAAUAAUCCGAGAAAGGCUUUCUGAUAAAAGUAAGAACAUGUCUUAUAAAAGAAGUAUGGGAUUCCUGGGUGAUGCACUUCCUGAACAAGGCUUUCCUAAAAAACGAAAGAGAACAAUGGUUUCAAAGAAGGAAGCAUCUUAUUGGCGACCAUUUGCUCGUUUCCGCAGAUUUCCAGAAGUAGAAGUGGAAGAAGAAGAAGAAGAAGAAGAAGAAGAAGAAGAAGAAGAAGAUUCAGAGUAGAUUUUUAGCAUAGCAACCUUGUCUAUUAGUCAUGUAAAGAGCAGCUUCCAUAUGAUUUUAAUCUUUCAACUAUAUUAGUCUCAUACACUUCAUCAUCGUCUAUUCAUGUCAAGAGUAGCUUCCAUUUGAUUUUAAUCUUUUAAUGAUUUAUCUGCAUCAUCAGUUGGUCGCACCCGUAUUUCCCAUGUGGAGACUGGCCUCGGAGAACGACCAGAAAAGUAAAGGG